UUAUCAAAGUAGUUGCUAGGAAUCUUCGGUCGCCAGGAUACGUUGAUUAACGUUGCGAGAACGUAGCGUGCUUGUUUGUUGGUGGCUGUUACGCCCACUUUAGGUAUUGCAGAGGGGCAGCUUCAUUCAUAGGGCUGGUCGGAAUGCAGUCAAAGCACAGGAGCAGCCGAACACCAUCAGCGUCGUAGGGUGUGAGCCAAAUGAUGGUCUCUCACUGAAAAUACCAGGCCAGGUUGCUCUGCGCUGAUCAUUGUCAACAGUUUCGACAUCGGACAUAUUCUGAGCUAUAUCCGGACCAUCCCCUGAGGAAUGGAUUUUGAAUGUCUUGAUUGAAUACUGGAGCUCUUCUCCUGUGCUCGACCUGCCGCGGAAAUAGACUGACUUCCUAGUCCUCGCUGCUGCCGCAGACAUAACACUCUCAUCGGCUCAUUGAACCCAGACUGUCCGUGGACUACUGGCUCUGGCAUCUUGGCACAUCGGAACUGGUCUAUCGUCCGUGUAGAUACGAAAACGUGCCUGUGUGUGCUUUUGCUGCCUGUAUAAUGCCGACACAUCUGCGGUUCCGGAGAAGGUCAUUCCUUGGACUUUUAUUCCUUUUUUCACUGUCCACCUCCGCAUUGUAUUUCAUCUACUCCGCCCCCGGUAUCGUGAAUGAGUACGUGUUCAUGGUCCAAGCCAGAGGGAUUCAGAUCAGAGAGAAUGUGAAGAACAUUGGGGCUCAGGUUCUGGAGCAGGUGGUGAGAGGGGCUUACAGCGUCAAUGGUACAGAUUACGCCUAUGACUUCAACAUGAGCGAGAGCGAUGCUCCUCCCACUACAUACCUCCCAGAGGGCUUCACCUACCUCCCCUCACAGGUUUGCCCUGAGAGGCUGCCCUCGAUGAAGGGCAGGUUGCAGGUGAAUAUGAGUGAGGUAUCUUUGGAGGAAGUGGAGAGAUCCCUGCUGCAGGGAGAGCCUGUCAUGGCCACAGGGGGCUUCUGGAAGCCCAAAGACUGUUUACCUCGCUGGAAGGUGGCAAUCCUAGUCCCGUUCAGGAACCGACAUGAACACUUACCCAUCCUCCUCAGACACCUGGUGCCAGUACUGCAGAAACAGAGACUCCAGUUUGCCUUUUAUGUUGUAGAGCAGGGGGGCACGGAGCCAUUUAACCGAGCCAUGUUGUUCAACGUGGGCUACAAGGAGGCUAUGAAGGACCUGGACUGGGACUGUCUGGUCUUCCACGAUGUGGACCACCUCAUGGAGAACGACAGGAAUUACUAUGGCUGCACAGACAUGCCCCGACAUUUUGCGGUGAAGCUCGACAAGUACUCCUAUAUGCUUCCAUAUAAUGAGUUCUUCGGUGGUGUCAGUGGCCUGACGGUGAAGCAGUUCAAGAAGAUUAAUGGAUUUCCUAAUGCAUUCUGGGGCUGGGGGGGAGAGGACGAUGACCUCUGGAACAGGGUGCGGUUUGCCAAUUAUACAGUAAGUAGACCACACAGAGAGCAGGGACGCUACAUGUCAAUUCCCCAUCAUCAUCGUGGAGAAGUCCAGUUCCUGGGAAGGUAUAGUCUUCUACGCCACUCAAAGGAGAGACAGAAAGUGGAUGGUCUCAACAACCUAAACUACUCCCCCCUAGUGUCCAGGAGGCCUCUCUACACCAACAUCACAGUCAGCUUGAGCAGAAUGCUUGCACCCGUAGCUGACUACUGACGUAGGAACAGCUGGACUGCAAACCAUCUGGGAAUCAAAGUCCUCUUGGACAUCAGCCAUAUCUCACCAGUUGCAGCACUGCUUAGGACUUUUUAGUUGAUUGAUUCUUUGCUUUGUUUCUUUUGUUUGUAUGCAAAAAAUGGAGACUCAAAUAAGUAUGUUGGAUAAAUCAUAUAAGAAAAUAGGGAUAAAUGCUGCACUUGUUUGUGCCACAAUCCAUCACUUUUCUCAUCUGGGCUUAUCUAGUCUUCAGUCUCCACAUGCCUUUUGCACCAUUUUGGCCUUCAGCAUCCAUCCAUUCAUUAAUUUCCUUAUUCAGUUAAUGAUAAUAAGCCUGUUUUGAUUAGUUCAGCCCUUUGCUAUUGUGCUUGUUUAUUAAAAUAGGCCAUGAUACACAGGUACAUUUGAGUGCAUGCACGCGCCACACAUGCACGCACACAACCAUUCUGACUUACAUGUGCUGACAUGGGCCCUGAGGCUUUGAUUUUUACUCUCUUACUUCUUAUUUUCACAAAUGCAGUAAACCUGUGAAUUGCAUGCACAUACACAACCACACUGCAACUUUAACAGAGUAGAUGCUUGCAGCUGGUUCUGCAGAAGGUAUGCCAAAUCUACAAGUGAAGAGAGUGAGAGAAAAUGAUAUAAAGAGUGAGUGUUUUCAAUCAUCAAUAUGUGAAAUAGUUUAUCCUGAGUUUAAAGAAUAUUAAUACCUUAAUCAUCAAUUAUAUUUUGUCCUGUGAACAUACCAUUUAAAGACUGUGAUGUUUGUGUUUGCAUAGUUGCAUUGGAUGUCCCGGCUGCCUGAAAGGGGCUGUGUUGGAGAGCAAAGCUCAUCCCGUUAGCAAUAAGCUGUAAUAUCAGACACCUGAACUUAGACCUGACUUCCUCACUAUACAGAUGCAAUAGCACAGGUGCUAGCAUACUCUUAUUGGACUACCGAGAAGGAGUGACUGCGUAUGCAAACUUCACAUUCAACACACCUUUGCCUAAGCAAACAUGCCACCCUUUUCAGAACCUGUAUGUGUCUGUGUGCGUGUCUGUGUGUAUAUAAGUGAGGGAGAGCUAUGCAAAUGGCCUGUAUGUAUCCUGUUGUCAGUCCAAGGUCUCCAGGGUGACCUCUGGGAGACUUCACCCCUGAAACUGUGACAGACUGACUGGAGACCUCACUCUGCGUGCAAUGUGUUUAAGUCCAGGCCAGGGAGAGAUAAACAGAUUCCGUUUUAUUUUUAGAUCCCACAUCCUUGAUGUUUACUCACCUUCAUUUUUAUGGAAGAGCAUUGAAGGUAGAGAAUACUUGAUUGCUGUCACUGUCACUGGUGUUUACAGAAGCUUUUGCUUUGUUAUUUUUCAGAUUGUCUAGUGUUUGUAAUACUGUUAGCCAGCCCUCCUCCGCUGUGAGUGCUGUGAAAACUGUAUCUCUUCAACAACGUAUCUAAUGCCUGCCUUUAUUUUUUUAACAAACUUCUUUAUCUAGACUUGGAUAGGGAAAAGGUCUGAAUGCUCAUCCAAGACGUCAGUUGAUAAACCACUGAUUAGCUUUGUUGACUUGUGGCCAGGCUUUUGCCAGUGAGGGUUUUUUUUGUGUGUGUGUAAAUCAGACUUUGUCUCAGAGAGUUUUUGAACUCUGUGCAUUGACACAGCACUCUGGCAGUACACAACGGCUGCUCAAAUGUCCCUCUCUGAUUUGUGUAUUUUACAGUGUUUUAUUUCAAGUACAAUAUCCCAAUACUGUAAAUGUAGGUCCUUUUUUUUAAAAAAAAAAAAAAAAAAACAUACAGACAUUCUCUCCUCACUGUCUGUCCUCUAGUCAUGCAGCUACUUCAUUUCACAUAAAUCGCCUUGUAUGCAUUUCUUAAGAUGUAUCUUUUGGGGAAAAUGUGGGUGGUUGACUAACUGAUGUGUUCCCACAAUGAAAUAAGAAGUAAAGAGGCUGGACCUCGUUUUAUUUAUUUGAUCUUUUAUGGAUUAUUUUCUGUAAUUGUUCGGUUUUUAUGUUUCUUGCGGUUGAUGUGAUGAUUUAGUAGGUGACAUAUGACAGACUGUGUUAGAAGCACUGAAACUCGUAGUUAUGCGUAUUUGUGUGGGAUCUUAAGGUUCAGGUCUGUGUAAACAGGGAGCUGAUUCAUUUCAUUCAGAUGGAGAGUUUUCCACUUCAGGGAUGACAUGAAUAGCUAGUCUGGUGAAAUGAAACAGAACCCCGUAGCCUGAUGUGUAUUAAUCUGCUUAACAGACACGUUGGAGGAGGCCAUUUUGUGUGACAACCACAGGAAGAGCAAGACACCUAAUCAGAAAAUGCUAGUAGUCAAUGUCUUUCACUGAGCAUCUCCUUGGUACUAAUUGAUAAUCAAUGGUGCUGACCUUUCAGAGUUCCCUUUCAGGGAGUCUCUCUCUACGUGCUUACUGGAACCAAUCUUAACAACAGAAAGGCCACUAUCGAUGGACAAAACAUCCCUGCGAUUUUUUUUAUGGCUCUAGCGUUUAAUUGCAAGCUGCAUCCUGUAUAAGUGGCUGUGUUUUUUGAUCCAUACAUUUGUAAACCUGUUGCCUUCUCAUCAUGCCAGGUGAAGCUAAUCAGUGCAUUUGUUGUUCUGGUUCAUUGCCACAAGCAGAAGCACGUGUUUACCUCCUAGCCAAUCACUCAGGAGGUGCUCAGUGGAGGUCAUGGACAGUAGCAGCGUUUGCGUUAAGUUUUCUUUUCCACGUGUGUUUGAGUGAAAUGGCUAAACCUUUCAGAGGUUUAACUGUCCUCCAUUUGAGAUUUGAGGUUUUUUUGUUUUUCAUUUUGUUUUCCAGCACUGAUAAGAAAAUGAUUUAUAGUGAUCUCGGUUGUGAACAACUUGCAGGUUCUUUUUUAGUUCUUAACACGUACAUGAUACACUGUAUAUUAUCUUUUUUUUGUCAUUUUGUCAAUUCAUCAUUUCAUUUUUUUUUCAUUGCUUUAAAUUAAAAGCUAGAUGGACAUAUAGCAAAAGCCAAAUUGUUUUAGGAUGAGUGUUCAGACUCAACAUAGAGGGGCUUCUCAAUAUAAAGAGGAUGACGUAGAUAUUCUUAGAGUCAGUAUUAGGCUCUAUACUCCACAAUGUAGAAUGAGCAGCUUCAUCAGCCAACUCCAUAUUCAACAAGAUGGGUUUUGUUCUGUUAUUACUAGACAGCUUUGUCCACUAGAUAACUUAGUAACAGGGGCAAAUCAGUCAGCACUCUCUUGCUUUUAUCUAAAACUGAAAAUAGAUGUUAGGUUUGUGAUAAGAGCAUGCUGGCUGGUCUUGUUCCUGUUACAUAUACUGUAAAUGGUCUCUAUCCAGACCAAGACCAAACCUGCUGCUCAUCGUACCAUUAUCUCAUCCGUUCUGAUCCAUUCUGUGCCGGUUUAAAUGAAGGGACCAUUUAUUGGGCAUCUGACAAGACUGGCAGCCUUAAAGCUUCUUAAUUUAUUGCAGUGUUUUUCACUCAAGUUUUUAUUUUUUUUAUAUGCAAAAUAUUUAAAUGGACAAAAGUGCAUACCAAUAUUAUGAUCAUUGUAAAUAUUGUUGUGUGUAGUGUUUUAGAAAUUCUAUAAGGUCUUGAAUCACUACAGAUGCUAGCAUAAAGAACAAGGCUUUGGAGGGGUUUGGCUGGGGAUUUACCUGGUGCCAUUUAAGUGCUAGUGAAGCUUAUACAGCGACAUCAAUGUUUUUACAUCACAGCCUUUUUUUAAAAUUAAAAAUAUCCUUAUCCCAUAAAAUUUUAGAUUCCUCUCACAAUCCUAGAGGCUGCAUUCCUGAGGCCUUCCUGUGCUUAAUAUGCUGUAGCAGUAGAGGAGACAUAUGAUGGCAGACAUAAGCAUCGAUCUUCAAAUGAAGUUCAAUGUCUUUGUUUCUGUUCGUGAUGUCUCUCUGAUGGUGACAGCAGUUGGGGUAAGGUGUAGGUCAGUGGAAAGCACUGUAGGAUAGCGAUAUGUCAGCCAAAAACACCAUAUGCUUAUAAUGCAAUGAAACACAGCACCCAAACCAGCGACACAAUCCACUCCAAAAUCUACACAGAUUCAUUUCUUUUGUAUGAAAGCUAACUAUUAAAAAAAAAAAAAAGAAAAAGGAUACAGAUUAAUAAAUUUAAGAUAUAUCUUCUCUGAUUGUAAGGAGUGACGUUCUCCUUGAAUUGAAGCCAUUUGAAGCCACUUGUCAAAACUUGAUGUCAGCCUUAUGUGGAUCUGUUUGUGUAUCGGCAUAUUAUCUUUUGAUUAUUGAAAUUUGUAUGAUGGAGAUUUUCUUUUAUACCAUCAUUGUUAUUGUCAAAGUACACCAAUAAAAUGAAACUUGUAAAGAUACAGUA